CGAGUGCAGAUCAGUUAGUCAGUCAGCCAGUCAGUUAGUCAACGAUUCAACCGAGUGAACAUUUUUUUGUUUCUUUGCCGUGUGACAAAUGUUAAAACGUCCCAGAAACAUAAAGGCUACAACAAAAAGUCUACCUAGAAAAUUGUAAAACUAUUUUUUGGAUCAUUGCGUGUACGCGUAAGACUUUUCCUCCAACCAAGAGCAAAACAAACAAAGCAAAAUAGGCAAACUGCCGCUGAAAUUAAUAAACAAUAAAGACAAAUCCAUAGACACAAAUAUUUAAUGGAUUUUAAGUGUCAGUGACUCUUUUUCAUAAACACAAAAGAAAAAACAAAACUAUAUAGAAAAAACGUCGUAACAAAGCAAAAAAACAAAAAAAAAAAAAAAAAUACACACGCGUCGCUGUAUAAUCAAGCAACAACAAGAACAACAACGUCUCGCUGGUGAUAAAAGAACUUACAACAACAACGUGCGAACGCCUGAGAGAACCAGUAUAAAGUUCAAUAAAUAAACAGACAGCAUAAACUUUAUUUAAAUUAAACAAAGGAACAGCAGCUACCCAGCUACCCAAGUGCGUGAGCAACUCAGCUGAAAUCAUUGAAAUAUUUUUGGCACGGCAAAUUUUUAAUCUUACAAUGGCAGCCUAUCUGGAUCCUACCGGUCAGUAUUGAGAGAAGAGACGCUAAACGGAAGCAGCAACUCACACAAAAAGAAUUAAAGGAACAUAUUUCUAUUAAAAUGGCCGCCUAUCUGGAUCCCACUGGUCAAUAUUGAGUGACAAAAUCCAUUGCAUCAGAUUUAACCAAUUUUUUGCGCUCCAAACCUUCUCAACACCAAUUCAAAACAAUGUCGCUGGCUCUGGAUCCCACAGGCACCUACUAGGAGGAAGCCUUCAUUGCUAGUAAACAGCUAUAGCCCAGCAGCUAUAAACCACAAAUUUGCAAAGAAAAAUAAAGAACUUAAGCCACAAAAUGCUUGAUCCUACAGGCACCUAUCGUCGGCCGCGUGACACGCGCGAGACACGCCACAAGCAGCGUGUUAACUGCCUGGAUCCUACAGGGCAAUACUAAGUGCGCUUUCCAGCAGCAGCAACACCAACACAAUUCACACCCCACACACAGAAACACCGCCUUUGCCUUACUAAUUUGUUAAACAUUUGAGAAGGUAUAUAUUGCCAAUAAUUAACUAUUGGUAUGAUCGGAGGCGCGCGUUGGUUGCGCCUGCGCGGCCGUGAGGAGACUUCCAGCUGCCGCAGAAGAAGAAAGUGCUGUUGCAACGCUAAGGAAAUGCACUGGAAAUUUUGUGUUUAGUUAAUAGCGUUAUUGAUUUCUUGUAUAAUUAAUUACCUAUACAUACAUACUUCAUACUAGUAUAUCAUAAAUUAUUUAUUAUUAUGAUAAUUUAAUUUAAAUAUUGUUCAAUUGCAUUGAAACUGUUCACAAACCACAACAACAACCACAACACACACACACACAUACUAUAUAUAUGUUAUACAUACAUACUUAUAAAUAUAUAUACACAUAUAUCAGCUAUCCAUAAAACAUAUAAACUAUUAGUGUCAUAUUUACGAGCCAAACUCAAAAGCCGCACACAACUUCAAAAUGUUCGAGUAUAGAGUUAUAGAGAAUGCCUUUCAUUACUAGAAACGUAUUUAUGCACAUUUUAUUGACAUGUUUAAUUUAUGGUUAAUCGUUUUCAUUGUAUGCGAAAUUUAUUUAAACAAUUUAUUUGAUCGUUUUUCCCAUUAUACUUAUUUUCAUUAUUUUGUAAAAAGAAAGCGUCAAUUUUUAGACUAUAAGCACUAUACGCUAUUUAUAUAACACACCAACAACAACAACAACAACAACCAUAAAUCAACAACAACAUACACACACAUAUUUAAAAUGUAAUAUUAAAAGAGAAACAUAUUUAAAGUAUGCAACAAA